AUGCCCGGCUUGGCUGGGCUGCACCCCGCGGCUGCUUCAGCUUUCGCCACUGAUUUCCUGGGCUUUGGAGACGUCAGAGGAGCGGAGCAGCAUCAAUGCUGCCCAGCAGUUGGCAAGCAUGUACACACAGCAGGAGAUGUCGCUCGGCGCUGUGAGUGUGUCGAAGAAUACCACUUUGCAGGAUGUUCUUGCAAACAUGAAGCAGAUGAUCCAGAACUUCAUGAGGAACUGCACACCGGCCUCGCUACCAGACAUGCUGGUAUAGAGCUGCAGCCCACUUCCAGUCAAUCUGUCGUUGAUAUCCGCGGCAUGAUUCCUCACCUGAACCUUGGCACUCCACAGGCUGCACCAUCUGCAUCUCCACCUCCCAUGCCCCCACUCACGACAAAGUUUGCCACGCAACGUGCGGGCUCAGAGGUGUCCGAGCAAUCGGGGGCACCCGUUCGGAAUGCUGAUUUCAGCAAUGCGGUCUCCUGCAUUCUGACGUGGAGCCCUACUCGAAACCGCGGGCCAAGCAAGUCGCCCGGAAGCAGCACCAACACGAUGGAGGCCACUGGUGCCUCUUCGGCAUCUGAGCUCUCGUGGCAGUGCACGUUCCCUUCAGGCUUGCUUGGAGACAUGGAGCUCUUCAGCACUGCGGCUCCGCCUUGUGAGUUUUCCGACAAGAGAGCCCUGCCAAUCCUGGCAGCUCCGUUGCAGCAAACAGCAACUGCGAGGACUGGGACCAAGAGCAAGCACAGAGUCACCACUCUGAUCCCCAUCCCUGGUGAGCGCUCUGUUCCAGUGAAGUCAUUACAGUCCAUUCCAAGGCCCGAGCACGAGCAGUUGCACUCCAAGCUGCUAGUUCAUCUCCUGCAGCAUUAG